CACUAAUUGUCACCAAGGCCUUGUCUGAUGAACACGAGGAAAGUCCUAUCAACGGCCUGUGUAGCACUCAAGGUGAUGCUACGGAGGAUGAUGCUGACCUAGAAGACAUGGACAACGAGUGGGACGAAUUUUGGUAGUAGCUGUAGCGAAAUUUUCAAAUUUUAGGUCACGUGACUGUUAAUAACAUGUUAAUAACAUGCUUGUUAAUAACCCUACGCAUCCUACUUGAUUUUUAACAUAGGUUAAUAACAGUCGGGUGACUUAUCGUCCGUACCCUAGAGGAUAUCAUUGGCAAGGUUCUGGUAAGAAAUAAUUCACGAUAGAUGCGCUUACCUGGAUUGUUAUGGCGGAACGUUCAUGGGAGGGGAGUACCGUCGCGGUACUUCAGUGUCCAACGACCGUCUCAUGUCACUGUACUCGGUGAACAGUACCCAACGGACCACAUGACAAACAUAUCUCCUACAAUCGUGUCCAAGCUCCCACUGAAGCUGCACACCCAGCCAUCACAUCCCCUCAGCACACUCCGAGCACUCAUAGAAUCACACUUCCCCUCCUACGCCCACCUAUCCUCGCUUUCCCCCCUCGUCACUCCUUACCAAAACUUUGAUCUGCUGUCUUUCCCAGCAGACCAUCCUGGUCGCUCCGUAACAGACAGCUACUAUGUAAACAAAGACCUCAUGUUGCGCACUCACACCUCUGCACACGAAGUAGACGUGUUUGGACGAGGAGAGACCAAGUGGUUGCUCACUGCAGACGUAUACCGGCGCGACGAGAUAGAUGGGUCGCAUUACCCUGUAUUUCACCAGACAGAGGGCGCACGCAUCGUCUCAGCAAACGCGACAGGCAUGAAGGAGAUCGAAGAGGACAACGAACGCCUCGCAGCUCAUUUGGAACGCUCCAGUAUAGAAAUUGAAGAUGUCCCCCAUCUAUCACCUACGAAUCCUUGUCAACCGGCGCACGACCCAAAGCAUACGGAAUUAAUCGCGAAGAAUCUGAAAUUGUCCCUGAACAGUCUUAUGCUACACUUGUUCGGUGGACGCGUCGGGGCUACCGCACAUAACCCGCUUAAAGUGCGGUGGAUAGAGGCUACUUUCCCGUGGACGACGCCCAGUUUUGAGGUCGAAGUCUUCUUCCGUGGUAAAUGGUUGGAAAUUCUCGGCUGUGGAGUCGUCCGGCAGGCAACUCUCGAUAACGCAAAUGUUCCCGACAAGCUGGGGUGGGCAUUCGGUCUUGGUCUCGAACGGAUAGCGAUGGUUCUAUACUCUAUUCCCGAUAUUCGUCUAUUCUGGUCACAGGACCCGCGCUUCCUUUCGCAGUUUAAACAAGGCGAAAUCACUACGUUCAAACCGUACUCGAAAUACCCGGCAUGCUUUAAGGACGUGAGCUUCUGGCUCCCCCAAGGCGAGGCACUUCAUGAAAAUGAUUUCUGCGACCUUGUUCGGGACGUCGCUGGAGAUGUAGUGGAGGAUGUGAAAUUGAUCGACAAUUUCACUCACCCGAAAACUAACCGCAAGAGCCUUUGCUACAGGAUCAAUUACCGUUCGAUGGACAGAUCACUUUCGAACGAUGAGGCCAACUCUCUUAAUGCCCAGGUCGUUUCCUGUCUGCAAGAUCGGUUCGGAGUUGAGAUUCGAUGAAUUAACUGUGCUAAAAUAAUAUCUAUCGUGCAUGCUAUCCACCCACACCGCUCAUAGAGGCUUUAGAAUGCCUGCUAGCAUACUAAUUGUCCUCCCAAUACCUGCCCUACUCGGCACUGCAUACCCAUCACCACAAGUGACGAGAGGCCACCUAAACCCCGCUCCGCGGCAAUGACGUAGGUUAUGAUGUCUCCUGCACGACGCCGACCUGCGCUGCUCGCAAUAACCGAUCCUUGAUCAUGUACCCGGUUUUCUGGCACUCUAGGAUAGUCCCAGGUUCCUUUCCGGGUACGGGAGCCUGAUACAA